AAACAUAUAGACGUCAUUUGGUGUUCAUGACGUUUUAUCAAGAAAUGAUGACGUCACAAACGUUUCAAACAUUUUCACGAAAAUGGCGACCCCCAUAGAAAGAAGAUUUGUUGGCGCUCCUAACUCAAAACUACGUGAUUACCUACACUGAAUACAGCCCUCAUGUUUGUUCCUUAUGGCGGUGUACAAUGGAUCGGAUAUACAUAUCCCUAAUCAUAACGAUUUGCCUUUCAGUGGCACCAUUGUCGGCAAAUACAAAUAAUAAUGAAAUUAGCCGGAUACCACACGGGAAAUCUUGUGGGAUUCAGAUCGGCUGCUACAAUGCAUCAGUUACGAAACCUCAGUGUGGAAAUGGAAAUGUCACAUAUUCGCCAGACUUAAAUUACACAGUGGAGUUCAAACUGACCGGAUGUGAUGGACGCAGGAUAGAGGACACCCCUGUGUUUUGGCGGGAAAUCAACCCACCGGCAGCCGACAGUGAAAUAUCAUCAUGCAGGAAUCAGUAUCAAUGCUUGAUACCUACCGGGAUUAUCCAAAAGCGAAUUGGAAAUACCCUCGUAAUGGAAAUUUGGACUUCUAUAGCUCCCCUCCACAAGCUGGUUGGACUUGGAGUCUCGCUCAGUGUCAGACCUCCUGUGGGAUAUGUGGUAUCAUCAAUUAAAAGUCGGAAUCAGUCCGUCAAGGCCGCAGAUUCUGGAACAAAAAACAUUGCUUUGUCGACAAAAUUCAGAACGACGAAGAAGCAUUUGUUUAGAAAUCCAAGCCAUCAUCCUACAUAUGAAGACUUGCUGCUUGAACAUUUAGCCAGUAGAACAUUAUCAUUACAAAAGCAAGACAGGCAUAGCUAUGGCAGGACAUCUUACCGUCGGAUACCAAGUAGAACUACUGGUCAUGGCGCACACAGAGUUUGGCGGCUUGCAAAAAUUAAGCACAAAACGUCAGGAACAUCACGAAAUCAAAACCUCGAUACCAGAAAAAACAAGUUAAAGAAAAAGAAAAACUCAAGAAAACAUUUUGUUGGAGUUGGAGAAUUAUCGAUUUCGGGAAUCGUAGAGAGAGUGAAUGCUAUAGACAAACCCCCGGAUGUGACAACUAGAUUGGUGACCGGUGCUGGUAAUAAGACAAGGAGCAAUGUGGGUAACAAUAAUAAAACAGCGGAAAUCCGUAACCAUUCAAAGCAAAGUAUCAAAACAACCUUGACUACAGCUCUUCCUAACACAGCAAAUAAUAGACUUAAUGUGUCCCACAAAUUCAAGCCUUUGAGUCUGAAUUUAACAUUUACUAAAAAUCGAACCUGGACUGAGGGCGGUAAGCCUAAAUUGAAUACUCAUAGCAAAAUGGAAAUCAAAAUAAAAAACAACAUUUCAGAUGCCGAUGCAGCACUAGAUUCAAUACUGGCUGUGACGUCGCAGAACGGAAGACAUGGUUUAGUGAAGAAAUAUCACGGCUAUGCACACAUAUCAAGCAACAAUGGCAUUAAGUCCGGGAAACAAAAUGAUACCAUAGACCACUUGCUGUACAACUGCGUGAAGUUCCUCUGUGGACAGCAAGGACGUCGGUGGCGAUGUCCAAAGAUUCUGGUGCUACAGUGUCUCCACCUGUCGUCCGGGGAGAAGAGGCAACUUAUGCUCGGUGAGAUUAGAGGGGAGAUGCAGCAACUGAUUGACAUGUUCAACGUAUCAAAGUCAGACCUGAAGGAGAUCGAGAAGUCAGCUAAAGCUACUGCUCACCAACUAAUGAAACAGCCAGGAAACGCGGACAUCUUAACCAAGAAAAUUGGAAUAGCAACAGCUGAAAUUCUUAGGAAGCUCUACAAUGCGUCCUAUUUAGCGUCUAGGGAAGCACUUACUGAUAGAUUCGGGUGGUCUGGAAGAGAUGCAAAAACGAGUUUAAUUCGAGGAUUUGGAGAAUGGAGUAACUGGAGUCGGUGUUCGGUAUCCUGUGGAAAAGGAAUGACCACACGGUCUCGUGUUUGUCCUUCGAAUACAGUGUACUGCAAGACUAAGCCGAGUCAUCAGACGAGAAAGUGCAUGGAGUCCACCUGUCAGAAUGUGAAGGUCCGUCUGCCCUCGCCAUGGUCAAGGUGGUCAUCGUGUUCAGUGACAUGUGGCCUAGGGAAGGAGACUAGGUCGAGAGGUUGUGAUGAGAGCAAUGGACAAGAAGCUAAACAAGCCAACUCGCCCUAUAGGGGCAUGUGUAAAGGACCAAUGUCAAUGUCUAGGCUUUGCAUCAUGUCUUCAUGCAGUAAAGAUUCCAAUCCCUGGAGGAAGACAGUGCUUCUCGGCUAUGACACAGUAUUGAACUGUAAAUCCAGACAUCCCUGGUCGUCUACAGAUACUUAUUGGAUAACUCCAGGGGGUAAAAGGGUGUCACAAACUGCGCAGUUACAAAGAGUGUACAUGGUUGGAGAUACUUUGGUCAUACACGGGAUUCAGAAGACGGACGAAGGCCUCUACCAUUGUGUUACCAACCAGCUCGAACCCAGUCGUGUUGCAACCACGGACACAAGAAUAGAGGUGCUGACCUGCUCCUCAUCACCAUGUGAGAACGGAGGCAAGUGCCAGGAAGGAACAUACAGCCUAAAUCGUCAGCUAAGAAAAGUCACAUGUUCAUGCCGGAGUGGAUUCGGAGGGGUUCGCUGUCAAGAUCAUGUAUCACAUAGUCAUUUCCACAUGUACCUUCUCAUCUCUCUUCUAAUCGGUCUCCUGGUCUCCGUUGUGAUCGGUUUCAUUGUAUACAUUUGUGCAUUCAGGAAAGUUGGCAAAGAAAAACCAAAGAAGGCUAAAGGGAAGACACCUGACAAUGAACUUCAGAAAUUGGAGACUGUAGUUGAAGAACACGAUACUUCAACAAACCUUGACAGCAGCAUUAUCCACAGUGACGAUUCGUGGAUAGAAAUUACAGAAAAGGAUUAUAAAGACUUUCAGACACAAAAGGAAUCCAACUUAAAAAGAAAGCACAGGCCAGUAAGCCGUAGCCUCCCUGCUCUGCAUGCAUUCUCCCGUCAGACCUCGAGCAUGUCGCCUCAUCCGUUUGCAGAGAGGACGUCUAGAUCUAGCACCGAAACUCGCAGCCGACAUGAUUACGGUGACACAGAACUAGAGAGUAGGCCACAGAAUUUUUCAAAGCAAGAACGAGGAUACGCAUACGAAGUCCCUACAUCCCCUGACAUCAAAACUAAAAUUGUACUGAUAGGAAAGGACCGAAAAUCCAAAAGCACUCCAAAUCUAAAAACUAAAAAGACAGUGUCCUUUCAAAAAAUAGAGGCAAACCACAAGACAAGGAGCAGCGUAGACAAUGUAUCGUUUACACACAGUACAGGUAGUCAAUUACCACCGGAAACUAGCUCUCCACAUCAAGUGCCAUUGACAGCUAGUCACUCAGCGAAGAUGUCGACAGCUAGUGCUUUACCCCAGGUGCCAUCUACUAGACCCACUAUACAAAUGUCGACAGAUAGUCCCUCUAACAAAGUAUCGACACCUAGUUCAUCACAUCAAUCGUCGUCUGCUAGACCUUUAAAUCAAAUGGCGACAUCUGACCAUUCACACCAAGAAUCGACCACUACUUACGCAAAGCAGAAGCCGACAGGGGGUGACGAUUACUUAGACAUGAGUGGAGGACGUCCAACGGAAAAGGAGUUGGUCAUUGUGACAUCCGACUCCAUUCUAGGUUUACAGGGAGAUAAAACACAAGAUAGUUUAAAUGAAGAUGUAAAAUUUGUUCAUAAGCGGACAUCUACGCGUGGGCAACGUACUCAUUCAAAAUUAGAGGAAAGUGUAAAGCAUUUAGAACAUGAUAUGGACUAUACCCCUGUUUACUAUACAUUUCAACCGUCUCCUUUAACGAAAGAUGACGUGUAUGUGGAUAUGUGUGAGUUUGUACAUAAAAAAACCUUCACCCCCGAACAGCAGGAUGGACAACAUGCUGACUAUGAACAAUUGUAUAUCAACUUGACAGACAAGCCAGCUGAAUAUCCCGAUUAUGAAACUCCCGAUAAUGCUCAAACCAAAAAUCACUCGCAUCUAGGAACAAAUAUGACAUACCAGAUGGAAGAAGACAGUUAUCCUACUACUACAAAUUUGAAAUACGAUGGCAAGUCGCCUCCUCCAGAGGAUUUGUCUUUGAAUCAUGAGACCAAUUCAAGCAAUCAUAGUUACACAGAGGACGACUCAAUUUACAAACAGGACCAGGUCGUAAGCGACUCUCAGCAAUUCCAUCAAUCGACUUCUUUAGUCGUUGUACGAGAUGUUGAGUGUCUAGAAAUGCAAGCUUCCAAAACCACAACUAAGUCUAAAGAAUCUACGUCAUAUGAGUCGGACGAAGAUUUUUACGAAAGCGAUCAAAGUAGUACCCUGUGUCCAAUGCCUGAUUUAGACGAGAGUGAGUUUUUAGACGAGUGUUCAUGGGAUGCAACACUUAAAGGUUAUUCUUUUGAUAAGGUAGAUGAUUCUGCAGAUGUGGUUGAAACCCUAAUGAGGUGCUUUGAAAGCGAGAAAAAUAAGCCAAUUGAUGCUGUAACAAAACCCGACACUGCUUUGACGUUACCAAGUGACAUAGACAAAAUGACGCCCACAUUUGAAUUGUCUCUUGGAGACCUCGGUGAAAUCGAUAACGACCAAAUGUUUCGAUACCUUUCUGAAAAAGAUGAAAAUGAACAGAUUUCUAGCGUAUCUGUGGACUCUUGCACUGGGGACCGAGUUACACAAAUAAAUGAAAGCUCUGGCAAUGAUAUUUCCAAGAAAGAAAUCGGUCAGCAAACGUCAAAUAGCUGUGGAAUUAAUAACUCGGAUUCAGAGGAAAACAAAACCGCUUCCCGAACGUCAAAGUCUCUUUCGCCAUCUUCUCCUAGAGCACGCAUGUGCAGAGGACAUUACGAAAUGGUGUAUGGUCCGGCUAGCUAUCCAAGUCCAAUAUGUCAGCUUGAUGCUAAAUCCAGUAGUGAUGACAAAGAAAUGACUGAAGGCAAUACCCAAAUACCACAAGUUUAUCCGAUAGAACAUCAUUAUACAUCGAAAUCUAAAAGUGAUUUCCCUUGAUUUCAAUAGACUUAAGACUGACUUACUUAGUUAAAUGUCUGUGUAGUAUGAUUAUGUAUUAAAUAUUGAUGUAAUUUA